AUGACUUUAGUUAGGUAUUUUUUAAAAAAUGGAGUAAAUCAAAUCAAUAAAUCUGCAUCAAACAACCAUCAUAAACUUUGUAGUUUUAAUGGCGUUUUUAGAUCAUUUACCACUUCAACACACUCUCCACCAAUCGUUAAUGAAGAUUUCAAAACCAAAAAAAUUAUAGCAAAAGAUUUACAGAAACAAACUUUAAGAUCAAUGGAAGAUGCAUACGAUAUUAUGGAUGGUUAUAAUAAAUCAACUUAUCCAGUCAAAUCACCAUUAUCAUCAUCAUUAGGAUCAUUUAAAGAAAGUAUUGAACAAUUAAAAGAUAGUUCUUUUUUAUUAGUUGUUGUUGGCGAAUUUAAUAGUGGUAAAUCAUCAUUUUUAAAUGCAUUAUUAGGCAAUAUCUAUUUAAAGGAGGGAAUUACACCAACUACACACCGUAUUAAUAUUAUCGAGUUUGGGGAUAAGAUAACAAGUAAAACAGUUCCAAGUAGAUUAAGCAAUACCGAGCAUGAAAUCAUUACAUUACCUGUCGAAUGGCUAAAAGAUUUUUCAUUAGUCGAUACUCCAGGUACCAAUGCUGUUAUAGAAGGUCAUCAAGAAAUUACAGAGCAUUUUGUCCCAAAGAGUGAUUUGGUAUUAUUUGUUACAUCGAUCGACCGUGCAUUUAGCGAAAGUGAAAAGCAAUUUUUAGAAAAAGUAAAGAAAUGGGGUAAAAAAAUUGUUGUUGUCAUCUCAAAAACAGAUCUAAUCGAUAAUAACCCACUUUCAAAUAAUCCACAAGAAGAAUUAAAUGAAGUAAUUAAAUUUGUUGAAGAUAAUUUCAAAUCCCAAUUAGGUGUAUCACCAAUUAUUUUCCCAUUAUCAUCAAAAUUAGCAUUAAAAGCAAAGUUACAAUUAAGUGGCACCAGUAUUUUAAAUCCAAAUCAACAACAAUCACAAUCACAACAAGUAAACUAUAAUAACUUAUUAUCAGCAACCUCAGUUUCAAAUAAUUAUAGUAAAUCAACACAAAAAUUCUAUGAAGAAUUAAAUCAAAAUCAACAAUGGAAGAAUAGUAGAUUCUUUGAUUUAGAGAACUAUAUUUUACAAACAUUGGACAGCAACGAGCGUAUCAAAUUAAAGCUUUUAAAUCCUUUGGGCGUCGCCGAUAAAUUAUACAACGAGUUUGAAGAGGAAUUUUCAUCACAACGUAAUGUUUUAGAUUUUGAUUUCGAAAAUAUUAACCAAUCGCUCGAGCAAAUAUCAGAGCAUCAAAAAGAUUUACAAAGAGAUUUAGAUUACCAUUUAGAAAGAAUUGAUACCAUUCUCUUACGUAUGGAAAAUCGUGCAAAUGCAUUUUUGGAUGAUGAAAUUCAAUUUUCAAAUAUUUUCAACAUAUUAAAGGGUGAUGCUAUAAAGAACCAAUUCGAAAAAAAAGUUAUUGAUGGAACCAACCAAGAAAUUGAAACAUUGGUUAGAGAUCUUGUAGAUAUUGUAGUUGAUAAAAAUAUGAAGAGAUGGAAAGUUAUCAUGGAUUUAAUUAACCAAAAAUCAUCAAAUAAAUCACAAAAAGUUAUUGGAGUCAUAAAGAAUACUCGUGAUACAAGCGAUUUCUCUACCAACAGACAAAAGACAAUACAAGAUAUGGGUUCAAGAACAGCCAAGGCACUUUCCUCCUAUGACAAAGAGAAUGAAUCGACCAAUGUUAGCAAAGAUAUAAAGAAUGCAAUUUAUCAAACAAUUCUUUUUGAAGCAGGUACAGUUGGUGUUGCAACUAUUCUAAGUACAACCCUUUUAGAUAUCACUGGUAUUCUUGGUUUUGGUGCAUUAGCUGUAACUGGUUUAGCAUGGGUACCAUUUAAAAAGGUUCAAUUAAAAAGAUCUAUCAACUCAAAGAUUUCAAAUCUUCGUGUACAACUUAAAGAUACUAUUUCAGAUCGUAUUGGUGAUGAAAUUAGAGGUGGAACCGAUAAAAUCCAAGAUGGUAUCCAACCUUAUGUAGAUUUUACUCAAUCAGAAAGCAAGAAAAUUACAGAUAUGACAAAUAAAAUUAAUGAAUUUAAAAAAGAAAGACAAUCAUUGGUUUAUGAAGUCGAUAAAUAUUUUAAAUAA